ACAUUUGUACAUUUGUACAUUUGUAUGUUCCAUACGUGUCAUUUCAGUGUUUGUGAAGUGACGCAGUGUCUGAGCUGACUGCAUCAGGAGGUGGAGGAGAGGCUGGAGGGUGUGAGCCUGCAGACAUUGUUCAUGCUGGUGUUUGUGUUUCCAGUUGUGACUGUGCCACGAAAACUGAGUACUUUAACCUCAAACACCAUGAGCAGGUGGUGUUUGUGCCUAAAUAAAACCACACGUUCAUCACAGAGUUUUUCAGACAUAAAGUUUCAACAUGUCCACUAACAACAUACACGUGUAACGUAUCGAUGGUGAUGUCAGCAUGUGUUCAGGUGACUGUUGGUGAUGGAAAACACAAUCUAUAUUUUCUCCAGUGUAAAAACAUUUCCAACAUUUCGACAGAUAAAAAGUGAGUCCUGGUGAGUCUCUGAGUCUGUGUGAGGAAACCUGAUGUGGUGUCUGACUCCUCAUGUUAACAUGUUAAUACACUGAGAUCAGAGAAGAGUUGACCUUACUGUCAAACACACACUGAUCAGUUCAGACAGUCCAUAAAUACAGAAAUCAAAGGAGGAAGUAUUAACGAGUGAGUGAAUCAUUAACAGAGCCGACAUGUUUAGAUCGCUGCAGGUCUGUGUCACGACACAGGUGUGACCCCACCUGGAUCGUAGCAGGAACCAAACAGAGGCCUUCAUGUGACCCAGAUGAUGACAUCACAGGUCAAAUAAACAAGAAGUAACAACAAAUGAACAAGUGAAUAAAAAUACCAAUUAACAGGAGAUGAGACACAGACACGUGUCCACAGUCUGAGAGGGACAGAGACACUCGGCGUGUAAAAUCUUUAUCCUUAAAAUUGUUGACGUCAAAGAAACCUUUUAUCUUAAUGACACAAAGACAUUUAAACCUUUCUGCAAAGGUUUUAUUGUUUUUCUUUUUCUUUGUUUGCUUCUUUAACUCUCAGUUAUCUGUGUCCUCUCCGUCGCUCCUUCACUGAUCUGAAGUCAUGAAAUCCUCCUCAGCGUGUCGAGCAGCGACUCUGAGAACAAACCUUGAGUCGUCUGAAGUGAUGUGAGGUGAAGCCGUGAGGAGAGCACAAACCACACAUUACAAAUGAAGUGGGUCACUCCGACGCUUCAGACCCAACUGACCUGUUUUCUGCAGACUUCCUGUCAGCGUUCAGAUACCUGAGAACAAAUACGCACCACCUCAGCCGACCACAACUGGAACAAACCCCAACAAACUGUGAAGCUCAAACACGCUGACGUCUGUGCCACUUUCAUAUCAUUUAAAUACUGAAGCUGCUUUUUUACAUCAGACUGAACCAAACAGUCAUUUAUGUCCUGAAGAAGUCUGGAAACUGUGUCGCAACGCCUCUCAUUAACUCCACAUUAUUAACACCACGUUAUUCACCUGACGUAUCAACAGUUUCAAACAUGGAGAGCUCAGACCCAGUGAGCUGUGACGUGGUGGUUUUCUGUAGCUUAUAAAGAACCCACAAAGUCAGCAGAGUGCUCCAACAUGUAGCAGCUAAAGCUCCAUCACCACCAGUGUGACGGCAGCAGCGAGGGACAGACAACAAAUGCAGUGUGUUUGAACGAAGAGUGUGAGCAGAAGAAUGUUCAUCAGAGGGAGUCUGACCGUGUGACGCUCUGUACGUAAACAUGAGAAUUUGGGACUGGAUCCUAAAAUCAACAGGGAGAGAUUUUAGUGUCGGGUGAUAUGAGAGCGUCUGUCUAAUGUAGUCAGUCACCUGGCAGCAGUCGAUGAAGAGCAGAAACACUCAGAGAGGAGAAAAGGUCAUCACAGUGUUCAGUGUGAGAGGACAUGAAGGUGUGUAUCAUCCUUAUCAUCAUCAUCAUCUCCAGUUCAGCAGGUGAAACAGCAAACAACAAAUGAAUCAGGUUAGAGUGAGCGGCUUUACAUCAUGAGCGGGAGCACCAACCAGAACCUUCGUCUCAUCAGCACUGAGCUGUAAAACAUCUCCAUCAGUCCAGAGUUACACAGGUAGAACAGACCUCCCUACAGAAGGGGGCGGAGUUAUACAGGUAGUAAAGCUCUCCUGUGGCGUUGUGGGGUGCUCCUCGGUGGUCUCAGUCUGCAGCUGAAUGAGCUCUGAUGUGACUCCAGAGCAGCAGCAAUCUCUCGUUGCUGUUCGUCACUUAUACACAAAAACAUGAGAAAAUGAGCCACCAAAGACCACGGAUAGUUUAGUUUCAUUGUUUCCUGCUGUCGUCAGCUCAAAGUCAGACUGUGACAGGUUUUAAACUUUUAAUAGAAAAGACUGAGAACAUUUGAUCUAAGAUUCACCCCCUUGUCUUUACCCGACUCAUCUCGUCCUCACAUCAAUACCUUUCAAGUUUUUCAGGAAAUUAAUUAAAACCACCUCACACACGCGACACCAUCAUCGAGUCCUCUGAAAAUAAAACCUACCAAACUCGUAUUAAAGGUUGUCGAUAAUUAAGCUCCGCCCCUGCUUUGAAUCAACUCUUCUUUAUCUUCUGGAUGUGUCCUGACUGUCGUCCAGCCACUCCUCAGAAACCUGCUCCUUUCCGUCUGACCGCAACAAGUACAGACCAGUUUGUAAGCUGCGCUAACGAGCUGCCGGCUGUAGCUGCAGAUUUACUGUAAUAUACAUUUUACAUAAGCAGAGAUGACUCAUCAGAUAAUGCCUCGGAUCAGUUGUUCUGUAAACGUCCCGUCAGUCUGCAGCUCACUGUCGCCAAGGUUUUCUGUUUAGUCCUCAUUUAUUCAUGUUCAGUCCUCAUCCAUUCAUCUGUUUUCACUCAUCUUAGUUCCCUAACACCCCUCACUCAUGUUAGUUCCCUCCUCUUGUCUCAGUUGUGCUCAGACCUCAUCAGUGCUCAGUCUGAUGUUCUGUCUCUGUUCUGUCUUUGUUUACAGUAGAAGAAGAAGAAGAUGAACCACAACAACCAAUCAGAUUACGACGCUGAUUAUGACUACGACCUGGUUGGACCUUGUUCUCACCAGAACAACCAGAGCGUGGAGCUGGUGGUCGGCCCGUACAUCCACUCCAUCAUCUGCAUCCUGGGCUUUGUUGGGAACUGUCUGGUGAUCGUCACCUACGCCUUCUACAAGAGGACCAAAUCCAUGACUGACGUCUACCUGCUCAACGUGGCCAUAGCAGACCUGCUGUUCGUGGCGUCGCUGCCUCUCAUCGUCUACAACGAGCUGUCGUCGUGGUCGAUGGGGCCGGUGGCCUGCAAGCUGCUGCGCGGUUCCUACAGCGUGAACCUGUACAGCGGCAUGCUGCUGCUCGCCUGCAUCAGCACCGACCGCUACAUCGCCAUUGUCCAGGCCCGCCGCAGCUUCAGGCUGCGCUCGCUGCCGUACAGCCGCCUCAUCUGCGCCAUCGUUUGGGCCGCCGCCUUACUGCUGUCCUUCCCCACCUUCUACUUCUACAACUGGUACGAGCCGUCACACAGCAAGGACGCCUUCAUGGACGAGGGCGAGGACAGCAACCAGACGUCCAGGCCUCCAUCUUACGUCUGCGAGUUCAAGUUCAUGGACAACACCACGGCCUGGAAGACCAAGGUAGCCGUCCCUAGCACCCAGCUGGCCGCAGGCUUCUUCCUGCCGCUGCUCGUCAUGGUCUUCUGCUACACCGCCAUCAUCGUCACGCUGCUGAAAGCCAAAAACUUCCAGCGGCACAAGGCGGUGCGGGUGGUGUUCGCCGUGGUGGCGGUGUUCAUCGUCUGCCACCUGCCCUACAACAUCACGCUGCUCUAUGAGACUGCAAUCAUGUUCGAGCUGCAGACGUGUGAAGACUCGGACAUCCUGCAGAUGGUCAAGACGGUGACGCAGAGCAUCGCCUACCUGCACUGCUGCCUGAACCCGGUGCUUUACGCCUUCGUGGGGGUGAAGUUCAGGAACCACUUCAGGAGGAUCGUCCAGGACCUGUGGUGUCUGGGGAAAAGGUACAUCGCCCCGCGCCGCUUCUCCAGGGUCACCUCCGAGGUCUACGUGUCCACCCGCCGCUCAGUGGACGGAUCCAGUGAAAACGGUUCAUCUUUCACCAUGUGAGGACGCCCGGCAGAUUCAGCCGGGGACGUCUGGAGCUGAGCCUGAGGCCUGCCGUUCUCUGGAGGUCCAAACCGGAAUCAGUUUGUUCUCAUGUGUUGUUUCAAGAUUCAGGCUCAGUCAGAAGAUCAGGAGAGAAAUCUGACGGCUUUAAAAUUAUUUAAAACACCAGACGUCUCAUCUUUUGUUUGUAAAUGUGAAAUCCUGCAAAGUUUUACGUCCUCAGGAUUAAAAAACUGUAGAAAUGAAACAACCUGAGAAGGAAACGUGAUCAGCUAGAGACGAACGCUGUGACUAAACAUCGCUUUGCUUUAAAGAGUCCAGAAACUAAAGAGUUAAAAAUUUAUUUGUUUACCAGCUGUUUCUCAAGUCGACACUGUGUGACUCUCUUCAAUAUGAUUUCUGUAUCCUACUGACUUUUUGUAAAGGACCUGAUCUCAGCAGGUCAUCAAUCUAAGUGUUACCUUCAGAUUCUGAACCUUCACGUUUAACGUUCAGGAAACAUGAAGGUUUUGGUUCAGUGUUGAAAAGGUCGAAAGGUCAAAAAGUCCUGUGUCGUGUUUAAGUCUGUUUUUACUUUUUCCAUAUUGAUCUAAAGGUUGGCACGGUGGUGCAGUGGUUAGUGCUGUCGCCUCACAGCAAGAGGGUUCGAACCCGGUGUGGGGGAGCUCGUCUGUGCUCCCACAUGUUCUCCCUAUGUCAGCGAGUCGGCGGUGUGGUGCAACACGUUCUCAACCCAACUCAUCAAAUAGCGCUGCUCUGUCAGUGAGCCGACACGUCAACAUAAGAUGCUCUAGGUUUCCUCCUGCGUCGGUGUGCGACAUUCAGGGACAGUCUGUCAGUUUGUGCUUGUUACAUGCAUUGUGUCUUUUCAAAAUAAACUUCUGUUUUCACA